UCUUUCUCUUUCUCUUUCGCUCUCUCGCUUUCGGUCUUGCUCUUCUCCGUUGGAACUUCUCGUUCCCAAAGAGAUUCGUCUUUUUGAUGAUAUAUUUCUAGGUUUUAUUUGGUAUAUUUUAUGAGAAUUUUGGGAGCGGAGUAUCCAAAAUAGGGAGUAUUUUUGGAAGUCGUAAUCUUUGAGAGAUUUGUUUUUGGUUUCUCUGUUUUUAGUUUUUUUGUUUUGAAUUUUAAAGAAACCGCCAUAAGCUUCCUUUUUUAGGGUUUUGUUUGUCCGCAUAGGGUUUGGGUCUCAGGGUUUUUGAUUUUUGAGUUGGAGAAGAAGAGUUUUUGGUUUUGUAGUCAGGUGUCUUUUGUUUGUGAAGAUGGUGAAGAAGGAGGAGAUGGAGGAUUGGAAGAGAGAGAAGGUUCAAGAUGUUCAGUUGGCGGUACAGAUGAAGUCGAAUAGUGCUCAUAGGAGAACCAUUGGCCGGACUCGAAGAUCAUCAAAAGGGGGUUGGACAGAGGAGGAGGAUGAACAAUUGAUUAGAGCUGUGAAAAAAUUUAAUGGGAAGAAUUGGAAAAAAAUAGCUGAGUGUAUCCCAGGCCGAACUGAUGUUCAAUGCCUUCACCGCUAUGAUAAGGUUCUCAAUCCUAACCUGAUCAAAGGGUCUUGGACUAAGGAGGAGGAUGAUCUUAUUAGAGGACUAAUUGCAAUACAUGGUACUAAGAACUGGUCUGUCAUUGCAAGCUGUGUACCAGGCAGAAUAGGAAAACAAUGUCGAGAAAGGUGGCAUAAUCACUUGAAUCCUACAAUUAGAAAGGAUGCAUGGACUAGGGAAGAAGAGUUGAUUCUAAUUUGCGCCCACAAGGAAUAUGGCAACAAAUGGGCAGAAAUAGCUAAGCGUUUGCCUGGAAGGGCGGAUAACUCUAUAAAAAAUCAUUGGAACUGCUCGGUGCAAAAGAGACUCGGUUCAAUUUUAGCAUCCGUUGCUCCUAGCCAACCCAUUGGGCUUGUUGCCCUAAAUCCAAAUAACUAUUCACCCAAACCAGAAAUCCUCCCAACAAAUCCUACAGAGCAAGAUAUCAAGGACAUAGCACCACUUGAACAGAAAAGUACUCAGGAUAAGCUCUUAUGUGCUUCCAAAGAGUGUUCAGUUUAUCAGGACACUAGACUGGCAUUGCAGAGCUCUAUCUGUCAACCUGCUUUUAGUAGAAGAAGUUCGGAUGCCGUGGUUCGAACAAUUUCAUUAGAAACUCCUAAUUUGUGGACAUUAGAUCACAACUACAGGACAAACUUAAGUGAGUUUCUGAAGCCUCUACGUUUGGAAGAUAAGAGUCCUGCAAGUGUGCUCAGUAAUGCAUUAUUCAAGGAUUCGCCUCGAUGUAGCACUGGCCUUUCCCAUCAAGGGACUAAACCAUGGUUCACUAAGGACUCUGAUCAUAUUGAUGCUUCAGAUAAUUCACAAGAUGCUAAAGUUCUUCAGCAGAGAAAUUAUAAUGAUUUUGGAAGGCAGUUUAAUAAGAUGCAAGAUACUACACAUGAACAUCAUGGACUAGAAUUUGACAGAAGUGAGUCCAGUAUCAGUGGUGUGAAACUUAAGGACAAAAUUGUCACAAACUCAAUGGCAACCGACUCUUGUGACUGUGAUCAAAUCAGUAGAACACCUCUAUGUUGCAGCAAGGUAAAUUCUGGUUCACCUUUUGAUACUCUGCAGUUGACGUAUGCUGAAGGUUUGCCUUCGAGUUCACAAACAACUGACAAGGAGGUUGCCGCAAAACAGGUAUACAGCCCAAUUAACCAUUCCACACCAUCAUCAGACCUUUCACCGUGGCUUGGUUGUACUCCAAGCAGUACAGAAUACUUCUUGAGAAUUGCCGGAAGGAACUACGAACAUACUCCAUCUAUUAUCAGAAGACGUGGCCUUGAUAGUUCGAAAAGGUUAUUCCCAGAAAGCCCAAAGAAAGCUGUUGGUCGAAACACAAAAGUCUGAUAGUACACAUGAUUCUGAUGAAAAUGAUGCUAGCAUCAAGAAUGUGGAUUCUGAAACUAAACAUAUAAAUAAGAAAAAAUUCCUGUUUGAUCUCAACAUUCCUCAUGUUUCCGGUGAGAUGGAGUGGGAUGGUUGGACAACAUGAUGUGCUAAUCUAUAUUCCAAUUCAGUGGCACCAUCAGUUGUAGUCUUUGAUUUACUCAACUGGAGGUUGUUGGUGGUGAGCAGCACAAGCUCAACUUUCUUCUGCUGCACAAUGAUCAUGCCAAGAACAACCAUUGACAUUCAUGUAGAUUAUUCGAAUAAUUAGUCAGUCAUUAGGAUCAGUAAUUGAUUAAGGAUUUGGGUUAGAAUAACACCAUUACUCUCUUGUGCCAGAUAAAACAAUGAAAUU